CGUGGAUCUCUUGUGUUAGCGUGAAUCUGUUGUGUUAGUGAGGAUCUGUUGUGUUAGCGUGAAUCUGUUGUGUUAGUGAGGAUCUGUUGUGUUAGCGUGAAUCUGUUGUGUUAGCGUGGGUCUGUUGUGUUAGUGUGGAUCUGUUUUGUUAGCGUUGGUCUGUUGUGUUAGCGUGAAUCUGUUGUGUUAGCGUGAAUCUGUUGUGUUAGCGUGGGUCUGCUGUGUUAGUGUGGAUCUGUUGUGUGUGUUAAGUUAUUCAGGUAGGACUUGGUGCUUUAUCUUUCUAUUAGAGUCACGUGUUUGUGUUGUUUGUGUGUGUAUGGGUUGCACUUGUGUAUCGCAUGAGCUGCAUGUUAGUGUAACCACAGUGUGUGUCAGUCCUACACGAUGCUGCCCCUGGCAUUUUGGCUGCUGCUCCUCUUCUUGCCCCUUAUGGGGCUAUAUUUCUACCUGCGGUUCUAUCUUGGAUGGGGGAGUCUGUUCCAAGAGGGUUGUGUGCAUCCUGCGCAGCCUCUGGUCACUGACAAGAGGAGCAGAGACAAAAUCUUAAGACAAGGGUUUUCGCAGAACACAAUCCCCUCUAACCCGGAUGUGUUGGUUAUCGGUAGUGGGGUGGGAGGGUUGACAGUAGCUGCCGUGUUGGCCAAAGCUGGAAAAAAGGUCCUGGUUCUGGAGCAGCACGAUCACGCGGGCGGGAGCAGCCACACAUUUCAACAGCAUGGAUACGAGUUCGAUGUGGGUUUACACUAUGUGGGUCAGAUGCAUGAAGGAGGCAUGUUACGUGUUAUCAUGGACCAGUUGACAGAUGGACAACUUCAAUGGAACCGUUUGGAUGACCAAUAUGACUCCGUAGUCAUUGGAAACCGGGUGUACCAGCUUUAUGCGGGCAAAAAAGAAUUUCCAGAUGCCCUUAAAAAGCAGUUCCCUGGGGAAGAAGAAGCCAUUGAUAAGUUCAUGGCUUUAAUGAAGAAGGUGGCCCGUCACGUUCCAUUGCUCGGUGCCCUCAAGAUCCUUCCUUAUUUUUUAACGGUUCUGCUUCUGCGUUCCCGUCUUCUGCACUGCGUUUCUCCCAUCUUCUGGUUGGCAGAGUCCAGUCACCAGGAUGUGUUGAAUAGCCUGACCAGCAACAAAGACCUCCAGACCGUCUUCAGCUACCUCUUCUACGGUGUCCCUCCUAGUGAUUCCAGCUUCAUGAUCAACGCUCUCCUCAUUCAUCACUACAAAAGAGGGGCUUGGUACCCCCGCGGCGGGAGCAGCGAAAUUGCCUUUCAUAUGAUCCCCGUCAUUCAGCGAGCUGGUGGGAAGGUGGUGGUCAGGGCUCCUGUGUCACGGAUCCUGAUGAAAAAUGGCAGGGCCAUAGGGGUGGCCGUGCAGAGAUCAGAAGGCGAGGUUUGCGUUUAUGCUCCAGUAAUCAUAUCAGAUGCUGGGAUCUUCAAUACCUACGAGCGUCUUCUGCCACCGGAGGUUCAAACAUUACCCGAGGUCCACUCUCUCCUGUCCAGGCUACAGUACGGGAUGGGAUGCUUCUUGGUGUUUGUUGGACUUCGCGGAACAAGCGAGGAGUUGGGAUUAAAAUCCACCAACCGUUGGUUGUACAACGACGGCGACCUCAACAGUUUGAUGGGGCAAUUCUCGUCUUUGGAGUGGAAUGAAGUAUUUGAGCAGCUGCCUCUGAUGUUCAUCACUUUCCCAUCUGCUAAAGAUCCCACAUAUAGUCAGAGGCACCCAGGUCGCUCCUGUAUGACUCUCCUUACCAUGGCUCCAUUUGAAUGGUUCUCUGAGUGGAAGGGGCAGAAGCCCCGGCGUCGCGGUGAAGACUACCAUUCCAUGAAGAUGAAGCUGGCCCAGAGGAUGCUAGAGAGAGCUAUGGAGGAAUUCCCACAGAUUAAGGAUAAGGUUGAUUACAUGGAAGCUGCUACUCCGGUGAGUAAUGAGUAUUAUCUACGGGCUCCAGAAGGAUCAAUGUAUGGAGCAGAACAGAACUGCAGCCGAUACCAGUGUGACAUUAUCACCCGGACGCGGGCAGAGACCGCCGUUCCUGGCCUGUACCUGACAGGACAAGACGUGUUCAGCAGCGGCAUCGCGGGGGCCGUGCAUGGAGGGCUCAUCUGCGCCUGCGCCGUUCUCAAUCAGAUCCUCUAUCUGGAUAUACUGAUGCUUAAGAAGAGAAUGAAACUUGGCAAGAGGCAGAAGAGAUGGAAGUGACGUAAAC